AUGCUGUGUUUUUUUGGGGUUGUCAUACUACAAGUUUUGACAUCUGUUCUGUCCUAUCCAAGCGGGGCACCAACAGCUUGUGUGGAUAUGAUGCCCAGGCAUGGAGGAGUACAGCCCAAGCCAAACCCUGCUCCAUACACCAUCCAUCCAAGCAGUACAACUUUUCAGACUGGCAAACCCAUCACAGUUGUAAUCAAAGGUCCAGACUAUAGUAGCGUGCUCCUUGAGGCUCGCUCUGGAUUCGACUCAAAAGCAACAGGAACCUGGCAGACACCUCCAACUAACACAAAGUUCUUAGCGUGUUCAGGAAACCAGCAAGGUGCAAUCACCCAUGCCAACACCAACAUAAAAAACAACUCCACCGUCUAUACCUGGAUUCCACCAGCUACAGCCAAAAAUGUCGUCUUUUUGGCCACUGUAGCCCAGCAGCACACUGUGUUCUGGGUAGACGGGAUGUCUUCAGCUUUGACUUCCAGUGAAGGAGGAACAUCACUUGAUGUACACAGUAGUGCUGAAAGGAUUGUCACACCUCCCCUGUUACUUCUUGUUGUCCUGCUGGCAAGUGUUCAAUACCUAGUUGCUUAA